GGUUGAAGCACACAUUGUCCUAUACUCAUAUACUACAACAUAAGGCAAAUUAAAUCUUUCUCAAAAACUUAGCAAGCAAACUCCUCACUAUGUCUAAAAUGUUUACCUUUUCUGAUCAUGAGAUGGUUUUGAUCUUUGGUCUCCUAGGUAACAUUGUGUCAUUCAUGGUGUUCUUAGCUCCAUUGCCAACCUUUUAUGCAAUUUACAAGAAAAAAUCAUCUGAAGGGUAUCAAUCAAUUCCAUAUGUUGUUGCACUUCUUAGUGCAUUGUUAUUGCUAUAUUAUGGUUUCCUAAAGACCAAUGCCCUUUUGAUUAUCACAAUCAAUUGUAUUGGAUGUGUUAUAGAAGUUUCAUACCUAAUAAUGUACAUCAUAUAUGCUCCAAGGAAGCUUAAGAUAUCUACUUUGGUUUUGAUACUUAUUGCUGACAUAGGAGGUUUUGGCUUCACCAUGAUAAUCACUUUCUUUGUUGUGAAGAGCUCCUUUCGUGUUCAUGCAGUUGGCUUGAUUUGUGCCAUUUUUAACAUUGCAGUCUUUGCUGCUCCUUUAAGCAUAAUGAGGAAGGUGAUAAAAACAAGAAGUGUGGAGUACAUGCCAUUUUCAUUGUCAUUGUUUCUUACUCUAUGUGCUACCAUGUGGUUUUUCUAUGGUCUCUUUGACAAGGAUAACUACAUUAUGCUUCCAAAUGUGUUAGGAUUUCUAUUUGGUAUAUCUCAAAUGAUCUUAUACCUCAUAUACAAGAAUGCUAAGACUAAAGUAGAAGCUAAUUCUAAUGAGAAGCAAGAUUGUGAUGAUGGCAAUAAACAGAAUUUUCCUUCAAUGGUGGAAAUGAAAGAUGAUAAUAUAGUUUAACAUGGUGCAAUAUUGUAUAUUAUAUAGGCUUAAUUAAUUAAUAUUAGGAUGAAUGAAUGAUGAAUAACAUGUCUCCUAUAUCAUCUAUGUUCUAUGUACUACUAUGGACUAUUAAUGCUACUUUGGCAUGCUUUGACUAUGUAAUAGACUAAUUAUAGUUCUAGUUCAAGUCACCAUGAGUUUAUGGUGUUGUUUAUGUUAAUCAAUGAUUAAUCACUUAAGUUUACAUGUAGCAAAUAUAUAUUGUUCUAAUUUAAAUGUAUUAUACAAAAAAAUUAAAA